CUUUCUUUCUUUUUUUUUAGUCCUCAUUCGCAUUCGCAUUUACAUUCGCGUUCACAUUCUCAUUCUCAGUUCAUUGUUCAUAAGGUUCAACGCUUCGAGCCUUUUCAGUAAAAUUCUACAGAUCAAUUCGGGUCUUAAAAUGGCCUUACCACAAGAGAUAUUGCAAAAGUUAGAGCAGAUGCGGAUAUGUCUACCAGAUCUAUCAGAAGAACAUGGCCAAGUGCUCGUUGCAAACCCAGACAAGAACCUAGAGCAGAUACCCCUCAAUGGUUCUCAUCUCAAUGACAUAAUAACUCGUUCUGGUCCUAGAUCUCAUAAGGACGAUCUGCUACAGUCAUUAGCCCAGCUGAGCAUUUCUACCACUGCUUUUACUGUUCCUGCUCCUGCUCCUGCUCCUGCUCCUGCUCCUGCUCCUACCGCUACCGCUACCACUACUCGAUCUCUACCAACGGGUCCAUAUGCUUCUUAUAACUAUAGAAGCUAUAUUUCGAGACAUUCAUCCUUGCGAUCGUCAAUUACCGGUCCUUCACCUUCUCGUCCCACUCCAUCAGUGGACCUUAAAGAUGUCAUAUGCCCUAUCGCUUUAUCAGGCAGUGCCUCAUGCAAAAAAAGCAUAUUUCUGAAAGCCCGGUUCGAAGCCUUUGCCGAGGUCGCUCGUCUAUAUGGUCCAUAUUCGAAGUUCUCUGAAGAAACAUCAAGACUUUUAUUGUUACAUUCAUAUAAAGAUUCACUUCACCAGUAUACUGAGCGGCUCAAUGCUACCCAAGAUAGGUAUAGCCUCAGUAGCCUCAAGUACUACGAAAGCGACAACAACGGCAGCAGCAGCAAAAGAAAUAGCAGUAAUGGCGACAAUGGCAAAUCACCGAGGAAUAACAAGGCAGCGAGAGCCUCCAGACGGUUGGAACCUUAUAGGAGAACUCCAAGCGCCAACAGCACUAGAGGUCAUGAUGGCUUCACAAUAAUGACCUGUCAAGGGCAGGGAAAGUCUAUGACAAAAAAUGGAGAUAUCUGAGUAAAAUGCCG